AAAAGACAUCCACACUCAUUUUAAAUUAGGCUCCAAUCAGAUUUGUUUUGCACGAUGGGGAGCAUAGAACCGACCUUCUCCGCACCUGCGGAAGAGCACUCUUUCAAUGGGCUGCUUUUCGACAUGGAUGGAACCAUUAUCGAUUCGACGGAUGCGGUAGUCAAGCAUUGGCAGAAGAUAGGAAAUGAGCUCGGCGUCGAUCCAAACGUUAUUCUAGCUACAUCGCACGGGCGGAGAUCGAUAGAUACUCUCCAGAUCUACGAGCCCAAGCUGGCGAAUUGGGAAUACGUCAGCCACAUUGAAGGACUGAUCCCGAAGCAAUUUGGAGCCGACGCUGUGGAGAUUGCGGGAGCCCGGGAAUUACUCCAGCAACUCGAGAAGAGUUCUGUUCCCUGGGCAGUGGUGACUUCAGGUACGAGGCCUUUGGUGAACGGCUGGCUCGAUAUUAUGAACUUGGCUCGUCCGAAGAACCUUGUAGUGGCGGAGGACGUCGAGCACGGGAAGCCAGACCCUGCAUGCUACCAGCUGGGCCGAUCUAGGCUCGACGUGCCGCGAGAUGCUUCGAUGCUGGUACUGGAAGACGCACCCGCAGGCGUGCGAGCUGGCAAAGCUGCAGGGUUCAAAGUCGUGGCUCUGGCGACAACGCACACGCUGGAACAGCUCAGAGAGGCCGGCGCCGACUGGAUCGUGCAAGACAUGCGCAGUGUGAAGCUCAUCGGAUGGGAUAAGAGCACGAGAGAGGCGAGGAUCCAGAUUUCCGACGCGCUGGUCUGGCGGACGUGAAGCCUGGAGGGUGGUGUCCAAGUCAACUUGCAUUGCACGGUGUUGUUCGCAGUACCCAAUCCAGCGUAGAUACAUGUUUCCUUAAAGAAUGUCUCGCGGUACAGGGCAUGAUUGAUGGAGUUUAGAUCGAAUCAGAACCUCAGCAUUCCACGUCCCCCGGGCAUGGCUCUCAUUCGACGUGGUCGACACAUCGGUACGACCAAGUCACAUGGGUGGAGUGUUCGCAUGGCCUUCUUAUCGUCGAAUAGGUGUGUUGCAUCGCAUGGACAACUUCAGGAGUACGAGUUUCUCGCCAUACCGUGAAGGUUUCUAGAACGGUCACAGGUUACAGCGCAUGGCCGACGUCAUACGGCCGAUGAUCCGAAUGCUUCUCCUUACUUUUGGCAGCGUGAGGGCCUCUGUGUGACGGCGGUUUCGACGGAAAGAUUACGAUCAACC